CUUUGUAGCACGGGCGAAGUCCGUGGCAAGAACCAGAGUGGAGUUACUCCGAGAAGUCUCUGCCCUACUUGUCAUGUUUUAUUUGAAAUAUUUACCGAAAACCCAGUCUAUUAGAGCUAGCGUUACACAUUUCAGGCUGUCGGAAUUACUUUGAAGAAGAAGAGGACGGGGACGUGGAGGAAGAAGAGUUCAGUGCUGGUAUCUACUUCUUCUUUCUAAGGUUGUCACUUCAACUACGGCCUGUUGAAUAAUCUGUCGCUUCAGAGCUUUGUCAAAAACGAAAGUAAACUGAAGAGGGCCCGGAGUGACACCAUGGCUGACAGUAUGGAGGAAGAAAUGACGGAGGAGCGUGAACGCCUGCAGCUGGACCUGACCUGCCCUGUGUGUCAGAGUAUAUUCGAUGACCCCGUACUGCUGCCGUGCACCCACAGCUUCUGUAGGGAUUGUCUUCGGAGAAGUUUACGGGUGAAAAAAUGCUGUCCUCUUUGUAGGAAGGACUUUAAGGAGGGACAGGACAUUUCCAACCGUGCGCUCCGGGACACAUGUGAGACCUUCCUGAAGACCUCCAACUGGCGGCCGAACCAACAACCUGCCAGCAAUGACAUCUGUAAGAUUCACCUGAAGCCUGUUGAGCUCUACUGUGAGAAGGACGAGGAGCCUCUGUGUGUGGAAUGUGUAGCUCUACAUAAUACACACAGGCUGUGGUCAGUAAGAGAUGGAGCAGCAAUAUGUAAGAAGGAGCUGGGAUACAGAGUCCAGAUUUUUGAAAAGAAAGUGGAUUCAUACAAGAAAACAAGCAGUAAAAUCAGCAAGGCAGUGGAUUACAUCAAGCAACAAGCUCAGCAGGCAGAGGAGCAGAUCAAGGCAGAAUUUGAGAGGCUGCGACAGGUGCUCAUCACAGAAGAAGCUUUGCGUCUGAGAGCCCUCGGUUCUGAGGAAGAGGAGAAGAUCGCUGCCUUACAGGAGCUCAAUGACAAGACAACAAAAGACAUAGCUGCCCUGAAAGAGCUCACUGACUCUUUGAAAAAAGAGAUGGGCAAUGAGGAUUUACCCCUCUUGCGGAAUUUCAAGGAAUUAAAAUCAAAAGCACGCUGGGGUGGUGAAGACCCUCGCCUUGGUGAAGGCUGUCUUUUGGAUAUGGGCAAGCAUGUUGGUGCUCUGAGCUUCAAAAUCUGGAAAAACAUGCAGGCCCAUGUCAAAUAUAAUCCAGUGGUUUUGGACCCUAACACUGCCUCUCCAUGGCUGGCUUUAAGUGCAGACCUGACCAGUGUGAAAGAGAGCUCAGAGCGUCUGACUGUCCCCGACAACCCGGAGCGCUUUGAUCCCUGCGUCUUUGUCCUGGGUGCUGAAGGUUACACCUCGGGGAAACACAAAUGGGACAUCUCUGUUGGUGACCACCCCAAGUGGGUGGUGGGAGUGUGCAAAGAGUCAGUGCCUCGUAAAAAGAAGUUCACAGUCAAUACAAGCCGUGGGGUGUGGGCCAUAGGACUGUCCAAAGGGGUUUACACUGCCUUAACACCUGAGCGUACAGAGCUGCAGGUGCAGCAGCGUCCCGAAGUGAUCCGAGUCAAGCUUAAUAUUGAUAAAGGAGAGGUGUCCUUUUGGGAUGGGGGAACAGCAAAGCACCUGGUUACUUUAACACACAAGUUUGAUGAGAGGAUUUAUCCUAUAUUUGGCCCUGGGCUCCACAAUACACCAAUGAUUCUGGCUUCAGGGAAAAUGGCUGUCCACACUUCAUGAUAUCCUGUAUGAAAAAAAAGAGAGAUUUGGAGCAGCAAGAGUUAAUAUUUUAACUCCAAUAAAGGUGGACAUGGUCAA